CAGCCACCCUUUUCUCCCUCUGGGUCUGUCCCCGUCGUCACAGCCCAGCCAGGAGGGCAUGGCCCCGCGGCUCCUGAGCGCCCUGGGCUUCCGCAGAGCCCAGCUGUCCGGUCUGGGUAACGGUGAGCUGCGGCCGGGCUCGCUCUGUCACGGUCAGCGGACUCUUCUCGAGGCCCCCCGUCUGCCUGCAGGGGUUCGCCGGGCCUGGGGACGCCCGCACGUCGAGGACCGGCCUCUCCCGGCCCCGUCCGGGCUCUCACCUCGCCGCUCCGCUCCAUCCGCCGCCUGCGCCCGGCGCCGUCCCGCUGCUUUGUUAAGCAGCACGUAGCAAACAUCAUAACUCACCUAGGCUACUGUUGACGAAGUAUCCUCAUCUUCAGGAGCUUGGCGUUCAACUGGAAGACCCCUCAUGCGCAGAGGAAAGUGUGGCUGUGGCGCCUCGGACCCCCUGGGCUCCUCGGGAAUGAAGGUCACUACUGUUCUCAUCAUCGUCAUCUGCCUGAUGGCCCCCACUCACAGCAGCUUCUGGCAGUUUCAGAGGAUGGUCAAACACGUCACGGGGCGGAGCGCCUUCUUCUCCUAUUACGGAUAUGGCUGCUACUGUGGGCUUGGGGGCAAAGGGGUCCCUGUGGAUGACACUGACAGGUGCUGCCGGGCCCAUGACUGCUGCUAUGAGAAGCUGAAGGAGGUGGGCUGCCAGCCCGUGCUGAAUGGCUACCAGUUCCACAUCGUCAAUGGGACAGUGGUCUGCAGAUGUGCCCUGGGUCCUGGUGUCGGCUGCCUCUGCGGACUGAAGGCCUGCGAGUGUGACAAGCAAUCUGUGCAUUGCUUCAAAGAGAGCCUGCCCACCUACGAGAAAAACUUCAAGCAGUUCUCCGGCCGGCCCCGGUGUGGCCGGCAUAAACCCCGCUGCUAGGGAGGCCACAGAGGCUCCUUUAACCUUCUGGAUCUGCGCCAGGGUCACACUGCCAGGAAGCCUUCCCAGGUCGCCUCCACUUCUUCCCCAGCAGGGCAAACUAAAUGUCUCCCUAAGGGCCACUCACCCUUCAGCGCCUGGCCUCGGGGACUCCUUGUCAUUCAGCAUCUGAGAACUGGAGACCAGAAAUGAAAAAGGCAAAAAUCCCUGCCCGGAAGGAGUUUGCAUUCUACGGAGGGAGGCGGACUGUAAAUGUGGAGGGGCGUGGGCGUGUGUAUAGUCCUAGGGUUAGGGUUAGGGGUUAGAGUUAGGGUUAGGGACAUACACAUAUGCACAUAUAUGUACAUGUGAUACGUUCACAUGUGAACGUGUAGCAGUAAGUGCUGUGAAGCAAUGGAACAAAGGGACAAGGUAGAGAGAUACUCCAACCCUCCAUCCCAGGAAGUUUCCAGGAGGGGAGAGGCUCCAGGAUCUGCCUCCCUCCACCCCCACCCAAAUCAGGAUGCAAGGCAGACUUGGGGACCAGGCCCACACCCAGCUCUAGCUGGGAACAAAGCAAAGUUUCUAGAAAACAAGGUCUUGGCACCCACACCAAGGACCGGAGAGGCACACCUGAUCUGCAUUUCCCAUUUGCUCAAGUUCUGGCCUCAGGUAGGAAAAAAAUCAAUGCCAUUUUCAUGUUUCAGGAGACAGAGCACUUUGGAACACUAACACCCUGCCACUGCCACAUGAAUGUCACAGCCAGGAAGAUGUCAAAGAAAUGGAGAGAGAGGGCAUGAGAGAGGGAAUCACGCAUGCAAAAUUUCCACCCAAAUUUAGCAGCCUCUUGUUCCAUCAGACUUAAGUUCUGAUAAAUAUUAAAGUGAUCUCAUCUGGGUGCCUCCUGAGUUGCAACGCCUAGCUGGCAUGGAAGAUUGUAAAAACGGCUGCCAUCGUUCCCAGCUCCCUUUUACAGUGUAAGGCUCAGCUUUUCUUAUCCAGGGGGAAAGUCUGUUUUCCCCACCCCUUGAAUCUGACCUGGCCUUGUGAUUGACUGUAGUUGGUGGAAGAUAGUGGAAGCCACGCUCUGUCAGUUCCAUGCCCAGGCCUCCAGAGGUCCAGGGCGGUCCCACUGUGUCUCAGGACACCUGCCUCCACCACGAGCAAAUUCUUGGGCUGACCUGCUGGGGGAUGAGAACCCACCUGGGUCACAGUAGGGCGCUUGGUUGUCUCAGCUGGAACCUCAGACUCGGGAAAGAGCUCAGUGAGGAUCAGCUCACAGCUGACCACCGAGGGACCCUGACUGAGCCCCAAACCCUGACCCACUGAGCCCAGGCUAAACUGCCAGCACACAGACUGUGCACUAAAUAAAGGCUGCUG